GGUCCGUGAGCACGUUCCCCACAUUCUCCUGUCCAAGUGUGCACAACACGCCUCGCUAAUCGCAAACCAGUCGGACCAAAUGGCAUGUAAAUGCGGGUCUGUUUACGCUUUAGAGAUUCAGAUUUAGGUAAUUGGACUUCGUUCUGUCCCUGGUUCGACCCUUAGUACAGAGAGCUUCCCACACGAGAUGAUCAGUGCGAGUGGAGUCUCAGACACGAAAUGAUCAGUGUGAGUAGAGACUGUGACAAGAGGUGACCCGGAGGAGUGAGCGCCAGGGCGAUAUUGCCAGCAAGGUUGCAGGUCGAUGGAACAGGUUUGGAAGCCUGUCUCACACAUACCCUGACACCAGUCCCGUUACCUGUGAAACGAGAGGUUUUAUAGGACAGGUGCGCUCGGACACUUACACGACUUGGACAGUGGCUUAAACUACAUCACUACACCACCUUUCCAUAUAGUGGGAUAACUACUCAGACUGAGUUCGACCCUGCUGCUUCUCUGGGGGCCUUACUAAAGCAUCAAGAUGACGUACCAAUUCUCUUCUAACCAUGACGUCCGGCGUCCAGAAAAGCAACCAGCGUUCGGUGGAGAGGGGGGCUGUGCUGGUUCAGCGUCUCACGGGUUACCAUGGUGAUGGGAAGGACGUGACGAACCCACGAGAAUUGUACACAAUCCUGUCUCAGGCUGAGACAAAGCGGAACAAGGCGGGUACAAACAUCCCCCUCCUGGUCACCGAGUCCACGCUGCAACAGAAGGUAAAUCAUGAAAUGAACAUACGUGUCAAGGGAUAUCGACCAGAGAAGAGACCAGAGUCGCCUCCCUUUCAUCAUCAGAGUUCUCUUGAGUUAUUUGACUCUGCUGAGUUGCCUACCCUUACACUAGUGAGACAGUCAUCAAGUCUUGAAGACCUCACUACAUUAAAACGACGAGAAAAGAUAAGGACUACUUACGCGUCGACGAAUAUCUCUGAAAACCUUCCCAGUUUAAAAAAUGAAUAUCCAAAGGUAGCAUUUGAGGAAGAUGUGAUUCAGUUUGAGAAUAAAGGCGAUAAUUCCGGAAUUGUCCUUCCUAAAAUACCAAAGGUACUUGAAAAGACAUUGCCCUUAGCUCAAGCCGCGGGGAGUCCGAUUCCUCAAGAACUAGAUAUUGAGGCAUCUGUGGAUCAUCGUCUCGCUGGUGUUCCUCCUGAACUUGUUGGCCGCGCUAGGCAGAUACUUAUGGAAGAGACAUAUAGGGAACAACUGCGAGCUCGUGGUCUUGGGCUAAGUAGGACCCGGAACUUGUUUCCAAAAGAAUCCGGCAAGUCGAAUGAUCUGAAGGCUUAUGACAUGUAUCCCGCACAAUACUGGGAGCUGAGAGCUGAAACAGUGCAGCAGCCUCAGGACCUCGAGCUGGACAUGAUUGAUAGAGAUUAUUACAGGAUGAAGCAGAAGUCGGUGUUGAAGCUGAAGGUGAUGGACCGUGAAUCUCGAGCAAGGGGUGAGCGAUCACCUUCCGACACAUCCUCACCUCCAACCCAGCGAGAAACACAUCGAACUCUUCCCCGACUGUUUCACCCAAAGCCCAGGCAUAACCACAUGGACUCAUUUGAGGAUGAAACAGUGGGCUUGAGCCCCUUUACCAACUUGAUGCUGGGACCUGUUGUAGCAGAAGCUGCAGGAACGUGUCAUCAAGAUACAGACUCUCUGGCUGGGCCACCAAAUUCCAGAAAGACCAAUCGUCACAUGUUUCCCUACCUAAUGUCACAGGACCCAAUGCCUGCCAGUGUUACACGUUUCCCAAAAUACACACAGGUCGUGAGUACCCCCAGGCCCAAGUAUAUGCCUCCAACAUCUGUAGUGAACCUGACCAUAGACCAGCCUACUCCACGCCGCCGUCGACCAAGACACAUUGAACAGAACCUGGAGAAACAGAAACACUGUGCCAGAAUAGGUGAGAGCACUCCUUGCGGUAAAGGUAAUGUAUUGAUAGGUAAGGAUGAAGCCGUACCUGGUACUGAUACUUCAAGAAGUGCCACUGUGGAUGAUGUCAUUCAAGAAGCACCAGAACCAGUAUCCCAAGAGGUUGAAGAACCUUUUGAUGACCCAAAGAGCAAAAUAUCCCUGUUGACAGGCUUUAAAACGUUGGAGGUGUUCGGGGAGGCUAAAAACGAGCCCACUGAGAGGACCCAGAAAAUCAUCACAAAGGCGUCGGUCCCAAGUCGAUACCGGCCGCAGUGUCACCCACCCCUGUAUAAGCUGGACAUGAAGAACUACCCACCCCAAGGAAACAUGAUCCAGGCGUUGUUUGCCUUGGAGGAACACCAAGCAGGCCCCGAGACGGACAACAACCCCAUAUCACUCCGCGUCAUUGAUGGCGACGCCAUCUUGUCGAAAGUGCAGACCAACGGCGACCCACAGACAUCACGAACGGUCAAGUCUGAAGGGACCGUUGAACAGACGUCGAUGCGAGACACGCCGGUAUUGUCAAGAUCGUGACAAUAGCGGGUCAUUGUACAUCAUCUUCAAACAUGUAGAUGUGGAAUAAUGUUUCAGUGGUUAAAUCGAGGCUGGUCUGUAUUCACCAAUAAGUGAAUAUCCACUAUAACAAGUUGAACCGUGAACUUCAUUUGAAAAGGGCAACAUGCUUCAUUUUCUUAAUACAAUAUACAUGUGUGGCAGGUAGUUCCAUUAUCAUGCUAUAACUAUAUUUACACGCACAUAGCUGUGACAUAUGUGACAUGUAAGCCUAAUGCCUUACCUAGGCCUUACCUUCUACAGUAUCAGUGACAUUUUCUGUGCGAGGCCAGUACUUAUUGCUAUUAUUACGUCCAUAUCGGAGAAUUAUAUUUCAAAUAUACUGUGAAACAUAAUUUCCGGACAACUACUCUUGGUACCGAAUGUAAACAAGUAGACAUACACCAUACCCAUAAUUUAUUAAUCCGGAAAUUUGUCAUUCCGGACAAUUCCAAUGGGACCGAUAUUUUCCGGGUUAACAAGGUUGCAAUGCCUAAACAAUGUGAUUGUAUAUGGUAUACCGUAUAUCCCCGAGAAGAUGGUUUCAUAAAGAGGCGUGUGUUGGAUCUAUCUCUAAAUGUGUGUUAUAUGUGUAAUUACGUGUGCUUAAUGUGUGUAUAGCUAGUUCAACAUGGUCGAGCGACUGACGGGAUUCAAGUGUGUUGUUUUGUCAAACCUUCCAAAACAGAGAGAGCUUGUUUAUGGCUCCGUGUAAAUCUCUUUCUUCGGGAUAUCUUUAAUUGAUUGUCAAUAUUUGAUUUAACAAUAAAAUGUUUCAGAAACUAACACUAUCCAAUUUCACUA